GCCUCUACUUGGCCCGAAUCGCAAAUUAACAGAUCCGCCGGGAGAUCCGGGACCAGACGGGGUGCGGAGGACGCCAUGGGGUGCUGCAGCGGCAGGUGUACCUUGGCCUUCAUCUGUGGCAUGCAGCUGGUCAGCGUAUUCGAGCGUCAGAUCAUCGACUUCCUGGGCUACCAGUGGGCUCCCAUCUUGACCAACUUCCUGCACAUCAUCGUGGUCAUCCUGGGGUUGUUUGGCACCAUCCAGUUCAGACCGCGCUACGUCACCGGGUACGCAGCCUGGCUGGUCAUCUGGAUGACUUGGAAUGUUUUCAUCAUCUGUUUUUACCUGGAGGUGGGCGAGCUGUCCAAGCAGGACACCGACCUCGUCCUCACCUUCAACCUGUCCAUGCAUCGCUCCUGGUGGAUGGAGAACGGCCCCGGGUGCAGGGUGACCCCCGUCAGCCCCCCUCCCUCUUGGGCACCCGAGGACCACCGAUACAUAUCGAUAUCCGGGUGCCUGAUGGACUUUCAGUUCGUAGAAGUGGCUCACUCCUCGCUGCAGAUACUCCUGGCUUUGGUGGGUUUCAUCUACGCCUGCUACGUGGUCAAGCUCAUCUCGGAGGAGGAGGACAGCUUUGAUUUUAUAGGCGGAUUCGACUCGUACGGCUACCAGGGGCCACAGAAGACCUCCCACCUUCAACUACAGCCCAUGUACAUGUCAAAAUAAGCGCUGCCUUACCACUGAAGGACUUCUUGAUUUGUUUUGGACGUUGGCCAAGGAGGACCCAAAAGAUUGAGAACGCCCUCUUCUCCCCCCCCCCCCCCCCGCCCCGUGGUCUCCAUUGCUGACGGUACAACACUGGCCUCUGGUGGUGGGAAGCGAUAACUACAAGGCAUGGGAACAACCGCCAUUGGCUGGCGGUUUUGAAGCGUUUUGUCGUCUUUGUGCAUUUGCGAAAUCAUCCACACUCGGUUGAUGUUUUUUUUUUUUUUUUUUGGGGGGGGAACUUGUUUAGUGCCUGGCGGACUUACCGACGCCGCGAGUGCGACCAACAAAGGAAUGUCAGAUGUCGUUUUGCCCUUUCUUCCGGAACACCUCGGAUUCUGGACACCGUGUACAAAAAAAAAAAAAAUGUGAAUCUUUUAAUGUUUACAGUCCGAGAGAAUGCACCGAGGAAAUAGGCAAAAUUUUUUGGUGUGCACGUCCGGGCCUUUGCUGUCUAAAUAAUUUGUCUUCCACCAAAGAUGGCGAAGACGAAGGCUUCCAUUCUUAUCCGAGAACUCUUCCAAAGUUCCGACACAUUCGUGACAAUCACCGACCCCGCUCGCACGGCCUGGAAAAGCCCGGAAGGCGGCGAAAUAAACGUGGCUUGGCAUUUUGGCACAUCACUACCCCGGAAAGUUAAAAGAAUGGGGAAAAAAAAAAAAAAAUCAUAAAAAUUGACAUGUACUGUAUAUAAGACGAGGCUUCGAAAUGAAGCCGUGCUGUGCUGAAGCCACGCCCCUCUCAGUUGUCAAUCAAACCCCACACCUGGGAAAAUGGAUGCCAAUUAUUCAGCCUGCACAUAUUUCCGUGUUUGGGCCGCAUAAAAAAAAAUAUAUAUAUAUAUUUGCUUCAACCGGCCACACGCCGGCUGUCAUGUCUGACUUUAUGACCUCACUGUUCUGCUUUUUCUCCCUGCGAAGUGCGAGCACUCGGAUAACAACGAGGCACUCUAUAGCAACAAUAAGAAUUUAAAAUUGACCCUAUUUGGGCAUAUCUCCCCCAACAGCGACGGUUUACAUUAUUUUAACUUAUUUGUAUCGCGCAUUUUAUACAAUGCUUUGAUUUUUGUUUUUCCCCCUAAUUUUCUUUAUGAAUUUGUAAUUUUUUUCCCCCACUUAUAUCUUAAUUUUUUUUAAUCAAUAGCACAAGAGAAAUAUUUUUUGUUUGUUUUUACCGGAUUUAUGACUGAUCCACCCCAUCCCAAGAACUUGACGACAAAACGUUUGUCCUCCGCGCUGCAAACGUUCUCCCAAAAAACCCAAAUUCCUGUACGCCUGUCAUGACCACGCCGGACGGUUCUGAUGCUGACGUUUUCCUCGAGGAAGCAAAAUCGGACCUCGCGCUCGUUGGACGUUUUGGACUCUCUGGACCAAACUUUGAAGCCCUUCCCGGUUUGCCGUGUGACUCUCGUAACCUCUUUUCAAACUUUGCUCGGAGGAUCCGGUCCUCGCUGGAGGUCGCCGCCGAGGACUUUGGGAACGGUGCGCGUUUGCAUGAGGUGUCGCCAAGCUCUCUGCGUAUUUACUAACCUCAAGCCGCCCACGCGCGACUAGCUACUAGUCUCCGGGGGGGGGGGACACUUUCCUCAAUGUUAACUUUGUUGUUUUUUUCUACCAGUAGGAAAUGUCCACGGAGGUAAAUAGUGUUAAAAAAAAAAAAAAAGAAAAUAACGUAACUGUGACCUUGAACUUGUAGAUGUUUUUUGUUUUUUUAAUUGUUUUAUUUUCUAGUUAAUAAUGUAUGAUGUUGUCAAAAAGUGGCCGCGUGUCUUACUGUGUGUGUGUGUGUGU